UACAAAGCAUCACGAUCACCAUCACAAUGCCCGCUAUCAAACUGUACUACUCCCCCACCGCCUGCUCUCUGGUACCACAUAUCCUCCUGCGCAAAGCAGGCCUCGAAUUUACUCUCAUCAAAGAACAAAUCGGGCACUUCUCCCCUGAAUUCCUUGCCCUCAACCCUAAAAAGCAAAUCCCAGUUCUCAUCAUCGAUGAUGAAGUCAUCACAGAAGUCCCUGCCAUUGUCACAGUCAUCGCCAAUCUAGUUCCCGAACAGCAAUUCCUCGGCACUACGCCAAUCGAAAUCGCCCGCUCAUACGAGUGGAUGAUGUGGUUAUCGGCCAUAUUGCACACGAAAGGAUUUGGGCUUAGUCUGCGCCCGCAGCGGUUCUCGGAUGAUGAGAGCCAUUUUGAGGGAUUAAAGAAGAAAGGGCUCGAGAUUGUCAGGGAAUGUUAUAGUACAAUUGACGAGAAAUUGAAGGGAGUCCAUGCGGUUGGGGAUACAAUUACGGCUGUUGAUCUGUAUCUGUAUACGUUUUAUCUGUGGGCGCCGAUGAUUGGAUUGAGUAUGGACAGUUAUCCCAAGUAUACGGCGUUGGUGGAGUAUAUAGGAGCACAGGAGUCUACUAUUGCGGCACGUGCUGCUGAGGCUGAUGUAUAGAAUAUAUUACUAUCAUAUUUGGCUAUAGGAGAUAUUCGGGCUCAUUUUAUAUCAGGCAUCUUGACAAUUCCAUCUCCAUUCGACAUGAUCAUAACACUCUUGACUGUCUUCCUAUCUCCAUACACCAGGCAGACCAUUUCUCCCAGCGAGAC